GUGAGCAGUGCAUUGUGGGAAAUCGCAACCGGAAGCCAGGCGAGUCCGCCGGUUCACGUGCCUGCGCGAGCCAUUCGCUCCAUCGCAGCGUGCACGAAGCGGUCGACAAGCGCGCCCCUCCUUCGUAUUUUCAGCACUCGUUCUUUCUGUGGCGGAGAUCCGGGACCCGAGGCGCGAUGCCGAUGUUUGUGGUGGAGACGAACGUGGCGAAGGACGCCGUUCCUGACGCGCUGCUCUCCGAGGCCACCCAGGAUCUGGCCAAAGCCAUGGGCAAACCUGCGCAGUAUAUUGCAGUGCGCAUUAGCGCUGACCAGAAGGUGUUCUUCGGAGGGACGCCGGAUCCCUGCGCUCUGUGUUCCCUGCAGAGCAUUGGAAAGAUCAGCGGGGCACAGAACAAGCAGUACUCCAAGCUGCUCUGUGGCCUGCUGAACAAGCACCUGGGGAUCCCUGCAGACAGGAUCUACAUAAAUUUUUGCGACAUGCCUGCAGAGAAUGUGGGUUGGAACAGCACCACCUUCGGCUGAAGUGUAUCUCUGCGCAGCUUUUCACGGAAAACUGGAUGUCCUCUUUUGUGCCCAAGCAGUAAUAAAUGCACUCUUCUUCCCUUCUGCUUAGAUCUCCCCACAAAAGAUGGCUUGUGACCCAUUUAUUUUUUUUUUUUCUUUUCUUUUUUUAAACUUUGACCAUGCUGAUUAGGUUGCACAGAAACAGUGAACUUGUUGGAAGUCUGUAUGAGUCAUUCCAUGUUAAAUAAAUAAACCUGCAAACUGAAACCCUGGAA